AUGGCCGACUUUCCGACCGUGCUUGGAAUCGUCACCGGCAUCAUCGGUCUCCUCGUCACUGCAUUCACCAUCUACGUGUGGUGCACCCCAUCCACCGCCUUGAUCAGCCAAGCAGAAGCGUAUUGCGACGGAACAAGAGACUACCUCAAGAAGCUCUUCGCCGAUGGACUUCUGGACUAUGACCGAGUCGCCGAAUUCUCUUCGGAAAUAGCCGCCAUCGAGAAUGCGAUAUUGGAGCUGCGAGGCGAAUCGGCUGUCCGCCGUUGGUGGUGGAGCUACGUGCUCUUCUGGAUGGCCACCUUUUCCAUCAUGCGACAAAAGUGUGCCCAGUUGGAUGCGAUUCGAGCCGACAUCGCGCUUCGUGCAUCUGCAACUCGCAAGGCGCUCCGCCAGCGCCUCGGCGGGGCAGCCGACCCAGAACGGUCCCAUGUUUUUCCAAACUGGUUAGCGAAUGGGGAUCUCAAAGUCCUCGACGUCGACGCUGGGAAGAGUUCUGUCUUAGCAACCAAUGAUGCCGUCCUCGAAAAGCUGGAAUGCGGCACACUCGCCUCAUCGUUCGCCGUGGAGAGCUCAGCAGUAUCUCGCCCCCGCAAAUUCACCUUUAUGAAGGUGAAUCUCAAGCGCUACUGGUUCACAGUACGCGCCCGGCUCGGCACGCCACGCACGAGCAAGCCCGCAUUCAGCCCAUCCGGCGGGGUCGAGAAGAGAUACAAUGCUCGACGAUUCACCAACACCACACUCGUUGAAACCCUUGAUGAUGUGGCUGAGAAGCAGAAGGGCAGUGCUAUGUCGCCGCCUUCGCGAUCGUCCCCCCUCCCCGACGCCACCCCCCAUAUCCCCUUCGUCGCCCUCUCGAGCACCUUCUUCCCGGUCUCCGGGGACAAGUCCGAGAUCCGCCAGAGCUACAUCCCCGCGCUGUUCCCGCACCUCGUGCAGCCGCUGAUGGAGAAAGGCGCGAGCGCGGUGGACGACACGAUCGCGUUCAUGGACGAGUACUUCAUCUCGCACGACGACUGGGACACGCUCGUCAAGCUCGGCGUCGGCGCGCAGGCCGAGGCGGCGGUGCUCAAGCAGAUCUCGACGGCGACCAAGUCCGCGUUCACGCGCAAGUACAACGCGCGCGACCACCCGCUCGCGUUCCACAAGGCGGAGGCGCUCGGGAAGCCGCCCAAGAGGCUCGCCGCGGCGGGCGCGGCGCCGGACCUGGAGGAGGCGUUCGACGUGGAGGACGAGGUGUCGGCGGAUGAGGAGAAGGAGGAGGCGGACGAGGGUCUAGAGAACGAUAAGCUCAUUAAGGCGGCGAAGGGGAAGGGCAAGGGCAAGGCGGUGGCGGUGGUGGCGAAGGGGGAGGGGAAAGUUGCGAAGAAGUGA